AUGAAUCAGGCAGCCAAGACAGAGGGCAUUCACGGAAUGAGUGCUGGGAGGAUCGUGGUGGGGAUGAGUGCUGCGACGGUGUGGUGCUGGGAUGGUGAGUGCUGGGACGGUGAGUGCUGGGAUGGUGAGUGCUGGGAGGGUGAGUGCUGGGAGGGUGAGUGCUGGGAGGUGAGUGCUGGGAGGGUGAGUGCUGGGAGGGUGAGUUCUGCGUCGGUGUGGUGCUGGGAUGGUGAGUGCUGGGAGGGUGAGUGCUGGGAUGGUGAGUGCUGGGAUGGGAGUGCUGGGAUGGUGAGUGCUGGGAGGGUGAGUGCUGGGAGGGUGAGUGCUGGGAUGGUGAGUGCUGGAAGGGUGAGUGCUGGGAUGGUGAGUGCUGGGAGGGUGAGUGCUGGGAGGGUGAGUGCUGGGAGGGGUGAGUGCUGGGAGGUGAGUGCUGGGAGGGUGAGUGCUGGGAUGGUGAGUGCUGGGAGGGUGAGUGCUGGGAGGGUGAGAGCUGGGAUGGUGAGUGCUGGGAUGGUGAGUGCUGGGAGAGUGAGUGCUGGGAUGGUGAGUGCUGGGAGGGUGAGUGUUGGGAGGGGGAAGGGGGAAGGUGGGAAGAGUGGGGCGAGCUUGGCAGGGAGGGAAGAGGAAGGGGAGCGGAGUUGGGUUGGUGGGCUGGAUGUUUGUGGGCUGGUUCAUGCUGCUGUAGCACUGUGUUGGUUCGUUGCCAAGAUCGACUAUGGUGAGUGCUGUGAGGGAGGUGCUGAGAUUGUGAGUGCUGUGAGGGGAGGUGCGGAGAUGCUGAGUGCUGUGAGGGGAGGUUCUGAGAUGGUGAGUGCUGUGAGGGGAGGUGCUGAGAUGAUUGUGAGUGCUGUGAGGGGAGGUGCUGAGAUGGUGAGUUCUGUGAGGGGAGGUGCUGAGAUUGUGAGUGAUGUGAGGGGAGGUGCUGAGAUUGUGAGUGAUGUGAGGGGAGGUGCUGAGAUUGUGAGUGAUGUGAGAGGAGGUGCUGAGAUUGUGAGUGAUGUGAGAAGGAGUUCCUGGUAG